UGAUAUUCCUCCGUGUCACAGUUGGGUGGACUGAGAGUCUUCAGUAGGAGUUUGGUUGGACACACGUCGCAGACAAGACAAGACAGGAGGAACUUGCUGGUCGUCCAGUUGGCAAAGUUGUCUUCGGAACAAAACAAAACCACUAUGACUUCCACGAACAUGUACCAAGGGCUGGAUAGUGGAAAACCGAGUUCAAGGGUGACGCAGCCUCCUGGAGGUGGCUCCAGUAACUUGUUUGGUAGCUAUGAAGACGACUCUGCAGCAUCAAGAAGACCCAAUAAGAUGACCUCUAAACUCUUCGCUCCACCAGAGGAGUCCCAGAGUGUACCCAAACGCUCCAACCCUCCAGGUGGGAAGAGUAGCGGAAUAUUUGGGGAUCCUGUACCUCAAGCUCAGCAAAAGAGACUCAAUCCUCCUGGUGGACAAAGCAGCGACAUAUUCGGUGCUGCAGAGACAGCUGCCCAAAGCCGAGGCCAUCCAAAUAAGCCAAAGGACAAUUUUAGUGUGGGACCUGAAGCUGCAUCAUCACCACCACCGGAAGCCAAGGUUAUCCAACCUGUGGUGAAGGAGGAAGCUGCCCCCCCAGCUCCCAUGCCAGCCAAGGAAGAGCCUGCUGCUGUCCCAGCCCCUCCAAAGCCUGAGCCUGUGCCUGAGCCCAAGCCCGCUCCUUCCAUUUCCUCACCUCCCGAUGGGACACAUGAGACCGGUGAUUGGAAGAACCACGAGCCUCAUCUUGGACCCAAGCCUCGCUCUCACAACAGGGUCCUCAACCCCCCUGGAGGAAAGUCUAGUGUGGUAUUCUACUGAUCAGCUGAACACACCUCUUCUCCCUGUUUGUGUCCAAACACUUCUUGUCUGCUCCUCUGUUAAUCUUCUCCCAUUCCAACACCCCUCUCCCCACCGUUAUUUCACCUGUACAUCUAAACACAGAUGCAGGUUUUUUUUGUUCUUCUCACCAGAUUCCUUUUCAUAUACGUUGUCCUCAACUUCUUGCACUUUCAGCCUUAUUUCUGGCUUUCAGCUCUUUGUCCAAUUCUUCUUCAAUGAAACCUGCAAUCAUUCAAUCAUCAACCGAUCAAUCAACAGGCUAGCUACCACCUAAUCACUACAACUGUGACACGGUUCAAUCUAAAUAUUGCGGUUACUCUCUUUGCUGUUUCUGUUUGUAAAUGUAGUUCGGUUUUAAGGCACAGUUUGUCAUUUUGAAAACGUUUUUGCAACUCAAGAAUGGUAAAGACAUGGAGUGCUUGUACAAUGUUCAGCUUUAAAACAGUUCAAAUCAUUUAGUGUACCAAAAAACCUUUUAAAUCACGGCAGACAUUUGCUCAAAUUUGAAGGUGCUUAAACCUUAAUGUGUAGGCGUUCAAUCAGGAGGGGGUGAAUACAUCACUAAUGUAAAAUGUUUCAGGGAGUUCCACUAGUGCCACCUUUUUAUGUGUUGCUGGAUCCUUAUUGGAUUGCUACAUAAAACCUUUUUCUUUGGCAGUUUUACAUAAUAGUACAUGUGUUGGACUACAACUAAUGACUGUUUAAUCGAAGCCUUAUAUCAGCUCCGCAUUUUUCAUCUUUUCUUGCCUUAAUUAUCCCUUCAUCUCAACAUGUGUCUAACAAUAAUGUUCUGCUGUCGGAGCGCAAACUCCGCUCGAGGAUAGAAGCCAAAAAUUGACUUUUGAAACAUCGAUGAAUGCAAUUGUUUACUCCCAAAUGUUUCUGCUUCCUUUAAAGAAAAUUCCAUUUUGAUUGUAUGCGGAUGUAUUGUGCAGGUACUUUUCUGCUUUGUCUUCAUUGCUCGCUUUAUCUGAGAACAUGCCUUUUUUUUGCUUGGGGUAGGCCUCUGUUUAUGUUUUAAAUUAAAACGGCUGAAGACAAGUGAACUCUGGACAAGCGCGUGGCCUACCUGAGUCCAGGUGGGCUCAUUGAUAAUCACCUUUUCACCCACAUUCAUGACGCACAUUCAUGUUAUUCUGGUGCCGGCCUGUCCCCCGUGUGUUGAUGUGCCUGGCAGGCAAUGAGCGCAGCAGAAGAAGAAAAUCCUGUUUAUUGCAAUAAAACUGUUAUUUUGCAUUUAAAA